AUGACAGACAUCGAGCAGGCGUUUCUCCCACCUUGCAUUGUUUUCGUUCACGGGCUCAUGGGGAAUCCUCGAACGACAUGGACAGGCAUUUCACCACCACCGAGUGCCGAAAGCGAACAUAAAAGGUCGUUAUGGCAGAAAAUAACUCAAAAGAAAUCACCGACGACGUGGGAAUCACAACCCCAGCCGGUCUUUUGGCCGAAGGAAUUCUUGCCGCGAGAUGUGCCGCACGCUAGAAUCAUCACGUACGGCUACGACGCGAAGGUGGUGGAAUUGUUCCAGUCUGUCUCCCAAAACAGUCUCUAUGCUAUUUCUCGGGACAUUUUGAACGAUUUGCAGAUUUCUAGGGAAGAUUCAGCAGAGACCUCUCGACCCAUUCUCUGGAUCGCGCACUCUCUCGGUGGGAUAGCUCUGAGCCAGUCUCACGCUCUUCAGCAGAAGCAGCCUCAUCUGUUUGGUAUUUACUCUUCGACUAUUGGAAUCAUUUAUCUCGGGACACCUCAUAGAGGAAGUGGAGGGGCAACUCUCGGCCUCGUUGCAGCAUCAGCUGCAAGCUGUUUCCUUCAAAGUCCAAAUAAACACCUCCUGCGAAGCCUCGAAUCUAGUUCGGCUGAGUUAGAACGGAUUUCGGAUGUAUUCUCCCUCCUCCCUAAAAAGGUCGACAAAACGAUCCAAGAGUACUCCUUUCAGGAGGAUAGAGGGAUGGCCUCUGCCCUUCCUCUCAUUGGUGGUAAGGUGGUACCGGACAGCUCCUCGAGACUCGACGAUGGGGUAGGCAGUACUAGCAACAUUGCUGCUAAUCAUCGAGAUAUGUGUAAAUUUGUAUCAUCAACGAGUCGAGAUUACCUACGAGUUAUCAGUGUCAUCAAAAGGUUCUCCAAGUCUACAGUGUCAGACUCUAGUAGUUUAGCAGCAGAUAUUGCACCAGCACUUAGUCAACCCAAUAUACAACCCGAGGGCCAAUACAUCAGAGCAUCGAGUCGUGACUCCCAUAGAAGGAGAGAAUCCCUUCAGUUCCAAAGAAGGAGCGCUAGUAGCUUCAAUGCUAGCGACGAUGGCAUUUCUAUAACUUCGGUUGGUAUAAACGAGGCCCAAAGCUCAUCGUUGAUGAUCCCACGCCAUCGAACCUCUACAUCCUCGCAUAAGCAAGAAAAGCACUUCUUUGAGUUGCCGCUUCUAGACAAUCCUCAUUUUACCGGCAGAGAGCAGCAUUUGCAGCAGCUGCAAAGUGUAUUUCCUAUUGAAGACCAGGCUGCUAAUAAUCCUCCCCGGCGGCAAAGAAGCUCUAAAGAUCUUCGACGUGCAAUUCUUAUGGGGCUGGGUGGAUGUGGAAAGACGGAAAUUGCUUUGAAAUAUGCCAGACUCCACCGAAACGAUUACACAGCUGUAAUCUGGGUUGAUGGCACAAGCCCUAAGACAUUGGCCUCCUCAUUUAAUCGCAUAUCAUCCAUAUUCCCUCGCGCACUGAAAGGCGAGCUCCAACAAAGAAGUAAUUUCCAAUUCAGCCCUCGAAAUUCUACUACCGACUUGCCUGCAACACUCCAUGGGGGCAAAUUGUUCGACAUAACGAAGUGGCUUAGGGAUUCUCAUGAUUAUUCUUGGCUUGUGAUCAUCGACAAUAUGGACGACCCAGACAUGAUAGAUGUGGUAGAGCAGCUCAUUGCCAAUUGGCACCAUGGCCAUGUUAUUAUAACAAGCCGCAAUCGAGAAGCCAGUCGCUUAGGCACAGCGAUACAGGUCACCGAGAUGGAACUAUCUGAGGCCACUGAGCUUUUGCUACUUAGUAUUCGGCAGACAUGUCAAGAUGAGACUACGAAAGAGCUAGCAAAUAAACUCGCCACUAGACUUGGGAACCUCCCUUUGGCUAUCGAUCAAGCUGCUGCAUAUAUUAAUUACCAGCAGAUGUCAAUGGACGAGUAUUUACUCCUGCUAGAUGAGGAGCAAGCCUAUCUUCUGGGGCAUUCUUCCCGAAACAGAUAUCACAAGACGACGCAGCUAGAAGAUGGCCAAUACGACACAGUUCUGACGACUUGGGAGAUUUCUUUCCGGCAUAUUAGGAAGACGCAUCUACACGCAUCGCUGCUGCUGCAACUUUUUGCCUUUAUGAACCCGGAGGAAAUCUCUGAGGUCAUCUUUUCAGAUAUGGCAAAGAGAAGCCCAUGGGAUACAUAUGGGCUAAAUGGCGAGCUUAUUUCUAUGGACCCCGCAGACUAUGGUCUAGACGUAGAGCUCAUGGAAGUGUUGAUGUCUCACAUUAAGCUUCGCGAGGCUAUUGGACGUCUCCUCUCAUUCUCGCUCAUACGGCGCAAGGCCCAAACUAAAACACUAUCUAUACAUCCGUGCACUUUGGGCAUCGUGGAGAAUGGAGAGUGA